AUGUCCAUCCCCGACUCCGCACUCUCCGCCCUCCGCGACAGCCUCACAUCGUCGCUCAUCAUCACCCCGCAGGACGAGGGGUACACGGACGCCAUCCGGAGAUGGUCCGAUACCGGCAUUAAGCAGGCUGGCGUGGUCAUCAAGCCAUCAACCGAAACCGAUAUCAUCACAGCAUUAAAAUGGUCGCAAACACACAACAUCGACCUCGCCAUCAAGGGCGGCGGCCACUCGGUCAGCGGAACGAGUUCAUCUUCGGGUGGUCUGGUCAUCGACCUCACGCGCCUCAACUCCGUCACUGUAAAUCCAGAAUCUAAAACAGCCACCGUCGGCGGCGGCGCAGUCUGGAAGGACGUCGACGAGGCACUCGCGACACACGGCCUCGCAGCGGUCGGCGGCACAGUCAACCACACGGGCGUCGGGGGCCUGACACUCGGCGGCGGAUACGGCUGGUUGAGUGGGAUGUACGGGCUGACCAUCGACAACCUUCUCGCCGCGCGAGUCAUUCUCGCCGACGGCUCGAUCGUCACAGCCUCGGAGAGUGAAAACUCCGAUCUCUUCUGGGCGCUCCGCGGGGCGGGGUAUAACUUUGGUGUCGUUGUGGAAUUCACCUUCCGCGCGUACGAGCAGAAAACACCCGUGUACGCGGGCAUUGUGGCCUUUACGCCGGAUAAAGUCGAGCAUGUCAUCUCCAUCCUGAAUGCGCUCCUCCUGGAGAAGCCGGAUCCCCGCUCGGGCGCCAUCACCAUCUUCGCCCAGCCACCCGGCGCACCCGUUCCCAUGGUCAACGUCCUCGUCUUCUACAACGGCACGGAAGAGGAAGGGCGCGCGCGAUUCGCAGACCUGUUGGCCCUCGGCCCCGUCGCCAAUAUGAUCAGCAUGAUCCCGUAUUCCCAACUCAACGCGCUGCAGAACCCAAUGGCCACCUACGGCGACCGGAAGAGCUUCAAGGGGAUCUUCUUCAACCCUCCCCUAUCGCCCUCGUUCGCGAAAACGGUUCUCGCCGAAUUCACGGAAAAGGUCGCAAGUGACCCGGAUCUCGGCGCGUCGGGCAUCCUCUUUGAGUUUUAUGAUAUGGGCAAGAUUAAUGCGGUUCCCCGCGGUGCGACGGCGUUUGCGAGUCGCGGCACGACGCAGAAUGGGAUUAUUACGCUGCGCUGGUCGGAUGUCAGCAAGGAUCAGGAACAUCGUGGCUGGGCGAGGAAGGUCCAGGAACGGUACAAGGAGGAGUUGGAUAAGGAGGAGAAGGGGAAGGCUGUUGGUGACGGUGGCGUGCCGCAGUAUAUCAAUUAUGCCGAGCCUGGUGACUCGGUCGUGGGCAACAUCUACGGCGAAAACUUUGAUCGACUGAAGGAGCUGAAGCGCAAGUAUGAUCCGACGAAUGUGUUUCGCAAGAUGCAUCCUAUUACUCUGGACUAG